ACAUGAAUAUUUUUUCGUGGGCACUAUAUUUUUGAAAUCUUAAAAAAGGAAAGUAAGAUUGAAACCUGUGUGUUGUUGUAGUUGUGAGUUGUGUCGUACCAUAGUUAUCUCUCUGGCCGUACGCGCCAGCCGUUAGCCAACUGCCCACUUUUCCUUCUGCUGUCAAACUUAACAACAAAACCCAACUACAAUGUUUAAAAAAAAGCCGGAUAUUCCACCUAGACCAAAAAUUCCAACUGUAGAACAAAUAAUCGAAGAUAUAGACCAUUCUUCUCCCGAUGACAAUAUUUUCGUUAAGUCUUUCAACAGUGAAUCAAAACGGGAACCUACGGUUCAAUCCAACGAGUCUGAAACUGUUUACUCGAAAGUCAAAGAUUUUGUAGAAAUAAACACUAAUCUAAGAGAUAUGCUUCGUAAGUUAGAAGAUCAAAACGAAGCUUUAAAAAUUAGUGAUCUCGAACUCAAGGCUAUGGCAGAAGACAUACGUAAGCAAGCACUGGAAGCCCUUCAGUAAUUUUACUUUGAUACCUGCCUUCAAGCUUAAACAAAUCAUUAUUUUUCUUACUUUUGUUACAUUGUCCUAAGAUUUAUGGUACACCUAUGUGAGGAUAUCUUGUCUGAUGGAAUUCACAUAAUUAGCUGACGCCGAUUUGAUUGAAUAAACUGUUCCAAGAUUUUCUUUUUCCAUAA